AAUAUAACAACAACAACAACAAUAAUAACACGUCUGUCUUUGUUGUUGUUUUUGUUGCUUUGCUGUAUCUAUAAGUGUAUUUCAGUAUCUCCAGAAGAGAGAUGGCGACCCCACCACAGAUCAGGGUCGUCAACCCAGCAGCCCCUGCACAUCGCCAACAGGCUGCACUGACGGCGACCAGAGAGGCCCGUAGUUAUCGGGAUAAGAAGGUGGUCUUCCCCAAACCUCCACAGGAGCUGCUCUUCCAGGCAACGGCCCUGGCCCACACAGAGAAGCUCCUUCAGGCCGAGGGUAUCCCUGUGCCAUCCCGUCAGCUGUGCCUGGGAAAGCUGGUGGUGCCAUUUGGCCAAUACCAAAAUGCACCAUUCCACUGGCUUGUGGCAAAUGAUGUGGGCUACAUGAAGUAUGUGAUUGACAAGCACAGGUUAGAGGUAACAAACCCCCAGAGAAAGGGAGAGAUUGGGAACCAGUGGGUGAAAGAUUACCUCACAGAAUAUGCGGAGAGCUUCCCACAAGUCUCCAGUCUCCUCGAGGCCAACGUCGACAGGUGUAUCUACGGCCAGAAAGGGUUCGAGGAUCACACCUUUCAGGAGAUGUGGGAACUCUACCGGCAGCACCACGCCAUAAAGAACAGGCCAGAGGAGUUUAGAGAUGAGCAGCGGGAGCUCAUAAAGAAGGCAAACAGUUCUGUAAGGAGAUGGCUUAACACACCAGUGACACACAUCACCAGCGCGCAGAUGAAAAGAUUCAGAAAAUAUGUCAACGAGAAAGAUCAAUAACUGCAUGCCAGCACCUCCAAGUGUGAUCCUUCAUCAUGGCCAGGUGAUGAAGCUGAACUGGUGGCUGCAAGUCAGGCUGUGGAAGACUUGCUCAAGACCCCUGUUCAGACUAAACUGCCUGCAUCCGCUGUCCGCUCUAAACAGGCUGCUGCUGCUGCUGCUGCUGUCCAUACUGCACAGUCCACUAGCCAGUGCAAUGGUCAGGCCUCGCCCAAGGUGAACCACCUUCUUGAUCAUGGUAUCUCCCCUGCCAGGUAAGUAUGAGUUGUCCAGCUCAGAGACAGGGAGCUCUCUCACAGACACACCACACUGACUGACGGUGCUGUUGUCUCACUAACUCGCGCUGUGAUUGGCUCUGAAGUGACGGAGGGAAACUGUUAUUUAUUACUUAUUCUUUUUAUUAAAUGUGGGUUUUGUUGAAUACCUAACUUACAUAUACAUGUGUUUAUAAUAUUAAUAUAAUGUAAUUAACUUUUAUUUACAAACUGCUCCAUGUUCGGGUGGAGACUCGAUCGAUCUGCUCUGAACUGUUUGUGACUUUAUCUGUAAUCUGUAUUUAUCAAAAUAAUAAAUACAUAUAAUAAAUAUAA